AAUUGAUGAUUGUGGAGUGGAACUCAGGAAGGGGAUUCGAGACGAGUAGAACUGGGAGGAGGAGCAGGUGAUUGAAGGAGGAAGAGGAGGAAAGUAAGAGUAUGGGACGCUCCUCUUUGUGGAUCUUUCUGCUGUCCCUUUCUCUCUCCCAUCAAAGCGUCACAGCACAAGCUGAAGCAUGCAGGACGGUGGUGCAGGCAGACAUUGUGUUUCUGGUGGAUGAGUCAUGGAGUGUGGGUCAGACCAGCUUCUCCAGCAUCAAAGACUUCAUCAAGACGAUCAUCUCCUCAUUCCAGGACAGUGUGAUGGGAAGUGAGGGGAUCCGCUUUGGAGUCACUGUGUUUGGGGAUGUCCCGAGGAUGCGGAUUGCUUUGACAGACUACAGCUCCCAAGAGGAGGUGCUCAGAGCCGUCAGAGACCUCCCUUACGAGGGCGGAUCAAGGAGGAUCGGUGAUGCCCUCCAGUUUCUGGUUGACACUGUGUUCAGCCCUGCCAUCAGUCGAGACCAUGCCCCAAAGAUUGCCAUACUGAUCACAAAUGGACCCUCCGAGGACCAGUUUGAUGUUGCAGCCAGAGCGGUAGCUGACAAUGGGAUUUCUCUUUUUGCAGUAGGUGUUUGGGGAUCUGAUGAGUCAGAGCUGAGGAGGAUUGUGUCAGAGCCUCAUGAGGAGCAUCUAUUGCUGGGCACUCACUACUCUCUCCUGGAAACCCUCCUUCCAAAGCUGUCCCGCAGGGUGUGUUUUUCUGCCUCUGAACCACCUCGUCCUGUGAAAACCGACCAGCCGGUCAAAGUGCCUGUGGUGGGUCCCAGGGACCUGCAGGUAAGCGAACUGGCCCACAGCUCCCUCAGGCUGACAUGGACUCAGGCCACAAGUGAUGUCACCGGGUAUCGUCUCCUGGUAACCCCUCUCAACUCUAGAGGACACCUCCUCUCCCUGCAGCAGAGACAGAUCGAUUUGAAAGCGGAUGUGAGCUCCACACUCGUGACAGAUCUGAGUCCUAAAACAGAGUAUUCCCUCACUGUCUAUGCCAUCUACCCCAGCCUCAUUGGGGACUCGGCGACAAUCACCGUCCAGACCACCCCUUUGCCUCAGGUGUCAAACUUCCGUGUGAUCGAGGAGGGUCUGUUCUCUCUGCGCGUGGGCUGGACACCUCCUUUAGGGAAGCUUGAGGGGUUUAAGAUCUUCAUCCCAAGAACAAACCGACCAGGGUUUGCCUAUGAACACCUGCUUCCUGGAGAUACCUCCUCUCAUGUGAUCGACAGCCUGGAGGAAGAUAAGAAAUACAUCGUCAGUAUUUAUGCUGUUUAUCCUCAGGGACCAGGUGAACCCAUUUCAACAGUAGGCAAGACAUUAAAGCUUAUUCCGGUAAAGCAAUUCCUAGUCCAAAACGCUACUACAGACACCGUCCAGGCGAGGUGGGCGUCAGUGAAGGGUGCCACAGGAUACCGUCUGACAUGGGAGGCCCCAGAUGGUGACAUAGAGAACAUAAACCUUGGUGACACCUUUAAUUUCUACAUGAUCCAGGGCUUAAAACAAGGCUCCGAAUACACCAUCACCAUUAACCCUAUCUUUGGAGACACUGAGGGGCCUAUCACCACCGCCACAAUCAAAACAGUGGAAAGCAGUGCAGUGCAAACUUUAAAGGUGUCUGCUGUGAGCACAAGUGCUGCUGUCAUCUCAUGGAACAGUGUCCCUGGAGCCACAGGAUACAGACUUGCAUGGGGACCCACUCCAGAGUUUGUUGGUCGGGACAGGCCAAGGCAGUUGGCUCUUAACGGCAGCACCACAGAGCACAAACUGAAGAACGUAGCACAUGAUACUGAGUAUGUGCUGACUCUGUAUGUGCUCUUUGGACCUGCAGUGGGGCCUGGAAUCAGUGCUACCUUCAAAACUUCUCCAUUGGGGUACGUGUCAAACUUCAAGGUGACCGCCUACACCAGUACCUCCAUCGAUGUUGAGUGGAGUCCCAUUGUUGGGGCCACUGAGUAUAAACUCACUUGGAACACAGGUGACAGCAGCCCUCAGUCCAGUUACCUGGACCGCAGUGUCCUCUUCCAUCGCAUUGAAGACCUGAACCCUCAAUCCACCUACACUAUUACAAUCUGUGCAGUGUACGGUAACUCAGAGGGACCAGAAAUCUCCUUAUCCCAGCUCACAGCUGCUGUUUCAGGCUCUGGGCCAAUCGCAGUGUUGAAGGAGGUGAAGGUUGUAGACAUCGGAGUCAGCUCCUUCACCCUGUCCUGGAAGAAAACACCCGGGGCAUCUGGGUACAAAAUCUCCUGGAUCCCCUUUCAGGGCGGUGAGGAGAAGUCCCAUGUUGUAUCUGCUGCUUCCACCACCUUCACCAUAAAGAACGUGCGGGAGAGCUCAGCCUAUAAGAUCCAGGUGUCCUCCAUGGUGGGCAGCAGGGAGGGGAGCCCAGUCCUGGUCACUGCACGCACCUUGGAUCUUCCAAAAGUGGACGGCUUUGCAGCUUUGAACACAACAGACAGCAGCACUGUUCUGAACUGGACUCGUGUGGCCAGUGUAUCCGGAUACCUUCUCUCAUGGAGGCACAUCUCAGUGUUGGACACUAAAACAGAGAUCCUGGGCCCUGGCUUCAGCUCCUAUAAGAUCACUGAUCUGCUGUAUGGUAGAACUUAUAUCUUCACCAUCAGACCAUUGUAUGGAGAGGUGGAGGGACCUAUCACCACUGUGUAUCAGAGAAUAGUGGGACAGGAUCCUCCACUUGCAACAGUCAAGUCUGUGCCAGUCACUGCAGCCCCUCGCAUCACAACUGCAUCCAUCAGCGACACCACCAUCACUCAGACAACCAUCCGAACCACCAGGCACCCUAUUGCAUUGCCACCAGCCAAACCCAUCACCACCAAGAAGCCUCAGAAAAGUAUCACUGAAGCCAAACAGGCAGCGGUCGCUCCCCUGAGAUUAACCACAGUCAGUGCUCAGACAGCCCCACAGAAACCAGCUUGUAGUAAGGCCAAAGCAGACAUUGUAUUCCUGGUGGAUGAGUCCUCGAGCAUUGGGGUUGAUAACUUCAACAAGAUGAAGGACUUCAUAUUCCGGGCAGCUACUUACUUCCCUACCAUCGGUUCUGAGGCCACACAGAUAGCUGUGGUUCAUUAUAGUGACGAGCCUCGAAUCGAGUUCCGUCUGAAUGACUUCAAAGACAGGAACUCGGUGCUCAGGGGAAUCAGAGGACUACGCUAUGUAGGGGGCAACACUAGAACAGGAAAAGGCAUCAGCUACGUUCUGCAGGAGCUGUUUCAGGAGUCUCUGGGGAUGAGGCAGGAUGUGGCCCACAUACUGGUUCUCAUUACAGACGGCAGAGCUCAGGAUAAUGUGGUGCCACCGUCUAGAAUCGCACGUGCUCUGGGGGUCAGUGUCCUUGCAGUUGGAGUUUCUAAUGCAGACAUUGAUGAGCUGAAUAAAAUCGCAGCACCCACCAGCUACAGAAAUAUCUUCUUUGCACCCACCUUUGAUGAUUUCCCUUCCAUAGAGAGAGAAUUUAUCAACAGCAUCUGUAGUGAGGAGCUGCUCUCUGAGUUCAAACUGCAGGACGAGUCUGCUCAGUUGGACACCCCAACUAAAGACCCCGAAGAGCCGCUCAAGCCUGAGGGUCCUUGCACCUCUCAGUGUUCAAAGGGCCAGAAAGGAGAAAAGGGAGAUGGUUCUGGUCUUGGAGGUCUGAAAUUUAGACCGAGUCCUGGACAAUACGAUCCUUUUACUUCUUCCAAAGGAGAGAAGGGAGAAAGGGGACCUUCUGGAACAGAUGGUAUACCUGGGUUGCCAGGACGACCAGGAAGAACCGGACCCCCAGGUUCUGCUGGUCAACGGGGGGGUCCAGGCAUUCCAGGUGAUAUGGGUCUUCCUGGACUCACUGGUCCAAAAGGACAGAGAGGAGAGAGAGGAGAGCCUGGAUAUGUUAUAGCUGGUGCUGAUGCUAAUUUCGUCCCUGGACGAAAAGGAGAGCCAGGAUCUUCAGGUCCUCAAGGCUCUCCAGGUGUAACAGGGGUCAAUGGAGCUCCAGGUCUACCUGGCCAGCCAGGACAUGCAGGGUCACCAGGAAUAUCUGUAAAGGGAGAUCCUGGGGACCCAGGGGAAAAAGGUUUACGUGGGAAGCCAGGCGGGAAAGGAGACAAAGGAGAGUCGGGGAGAGAUGGCAUUGCAGGAUUGCCUGGUCCCAUUGGCAUUGAUGGGGUGCCAGGAUUCCCAGGAGAGAAAGGACAGAAGGGUGAGGAGGGCAUUGGCAUUCAAGGUAUUCAAGGUCCUCGUGGAGAGCCAGGAGAGAAGGGAAACAUUGGCCUAAUGGGACCAGUUGGCCCUAAGGGCAAUCUUGGAGAGCAAGGCAUCCAAGGAAUCAUUGGACUUCGGGGAAAGAAAGGAUUCAAAGGAGAGCAGGGGGACAAGGGAGAGCAAGGAGAGAUGGGACCAGUUGGACCACAAGGACCCACAGGACUGACGGGGCCGUUGGGAUUAAAAGGAGAUCAGGGUCUAAGAGGAGUUCCUGGUGAUCCUGCCAAGGGUAUUAUUGGCCCAACUGGAAAAAAAGGUGCUCGGGGGGACAUUGGUCCAGUUGGGCCCACAGGACCUCAGGGGAUAAAGGGUGAACAAGGAGACAAAGGAGCAAAGGGCAGUCCUGGUUUUGGAAUUCCAGGACAGAGAGGAGAAAAGGGAGAAAAUGGUGAGAGGGGAAAUGUUGGAUUAUCUGGAAAACCAGGACCAAAAGGACAUGAUGGCUUCAAAGGUGACAAAGGUAGCAUUGGAUUACCUGGCAAUUGUGGAGAAGCAGGAUUAAGAGGUAAAGAUGGUACACUUGGAGUUAAAGGAGACCUAGGAAUGAAGGGGGAACAAGGACCACCUGGAGAGCCUGGUGACAGAGGGAUAAAGGGUCCACUAGGGUUACCCGGGCGCCCAGGGGACCCAGGGGUGAAAGGAGACACAGGGAAAUCAGGCCAACUCGGUGCUGAUGGAAAGAAAGGGGACAAAGGGGAGCCGGGAAAACCUGGACCUCCGGGAACACAAAGUGUGGGUGACAAUAAUGGACUAACCAGAGUCAUUAAGGGUGAGCACGGAGAGCCGGGUCAGCCUGGUUUGAGAGGAGAAUCAGGUCUGCCUGGACCAAGGGGUCCAGAGGGGAAACCUGGACUACCUGGAUCAUCUCUGGGAGGUUCUGGACUUGAUGGUGUACCAGGGAAACCAGGAAUGAAGGGUGAACAAGGACAAAGAGGAGAGCCUGGUCAAAGAGGAGAGAAAGGAGACCAGGGCCGGGUCGGGAUAGCAGGAAUGCCUGGUUUACCAGGAACUCCAGGGAGAUCUGGCACUGAUGGGAAGAGGGGGCUGACAGGAAAAGAUGGAGAAAAAGGAUGGAAAGGAGAUGAUGGCAAGAAGGGGGACAGAGGAGAUGCAGGAGCCAAUGGUAAAGAUGGAAGUAAGGGGGAAGCAGGACCUCCAGGUUUGCCGGGUCGUCAGGUUCUCGUCACUACUGAGAGUGCCACCAUUGACGAAAUCCGACAAGCAUUCCCAAUCCCGAUGGGUCCUCCGGGAGCUCCUGGUGCACCAGGAAUGAAGGGUGAUAAAGGAGAAGGAGGUCUAAAAGGAGACAAGGGAGAUGCUGGAACUCCUGCGCAAUCUCUCAACAUGAAGGACAUUGAAGUCAUGUUUGAAGCCUACGGCAUUAGGCUGCCUCUGCUGAAGACUUUGAUUGACAGGCUGCUGCAGGAUGGAAUAGAGGAGCUGCUUCUUGUGCUCGGCACGUCCAAGAAAACAAAAGAAGAAAGCCACACCUCCAACGUCAUCACUGAGUACACGGAUUCAGUGAAGUUUGAGCGCAGUGGUCAGCCUCCGGAGUCAGACUCUGAGGACCAUGAAGUAGACAGACAGCUUUCAAAGUCUCGUUUAGUUGACCCUUUGAAUGAAACCGCAGAGGGGCCCACUUUAUGGACAGACACCACGCUGAAUGGUGAGCAGGAGCCUGACAGGGUCCAGAAGAAGUUGAGAGGGAAGGAGAGAGUGGAUGGAAACAAACAUGGAGCGUCUUCAUUAAGAAUGAAUCAGACUGUAGUCAAUUCUACUUUUAAUUAUACUACGACCCAGGAGACGGUUUCAGGGCUGCCAGAAACAGUGGUGGAGACAGUUUUCCUCACUCAGGAGGACUCUCUGAAGAAGAGCUCAGGACAAAAAAAGAAGAACAGGGAACGUGGGAAGGGCAAAGGAAAUAAAGGACGACAUAAGAGGCAGAGACAACGCCUGACAAGUGAAGAGGACAAGCAAGACAAAGAGGAGGAGGAGGAGUUUUAUAAUGGUGAAGAAUACAGCGAUGAACACGAGGAAGAAGUUCACCUAGAUGGUUUGUCUGUGUCUCAGGAGAGGAGAGACAACAGACAGCCUGAAGUCAAUACAGAUGAAUCCUUCUUUCCAGUUGGUACAAAGGAGGAACAGUUACCCACAUACAGUCCUGCACAGUUUGAAACACUGACAGAAACCUGGAGUCAUGCUCUAAAAUCCACUUCAGGCGAAGCAACAGAUACUACAUUUAAUGUAGCAUUGACAACCACAGAGCCACCAUCACAACCCAUGGAGGACACAGCACAGGAUGAAGUGUCCCUGCCUACACCUCCCAUCACAUCAGAAGAACCAGACGAGGAUCUUUCUUAAUUCCCAAGAAACUGUGACUGUAGUGUGUUAAAGCAUUCAUAAGAAAACACACAACACAUGGAGAGUGUGAAAAAAACUUUGAACUGUUUUGCUGGUGAGGAGCCCUGAACCCGACCAUGAGGGAGGACUUCUUUCCACAGAGACGAUGCCACCAAACCUCUUAUGUUAGGGCUUUUUUUAGGCAGAGCUCAAUAGAUAAUCAGGCAGAAUUGUCUGCUAAAGUCCAGGUUAUUUACAAUUUACAAAAUGCUCAAUGUAAACACCAGUGUAGCCUUAAAGUUGCCCCUUUUUUAGAACUCCUAAUUUAUUUAUUGAGACAUGCUAUUUCUCUGUUGCAAACAAAUAUCACAGCUUACUCAAACAUGUGUCUACAGUUUUUUCUUUCAAGUUGUCUGAAAAUUUAUUUAUUGAACUAUACUAUACUGUAAUAAAACUUCUGUGUUUCCUAAAACAAAACCUUUGAAUCUCAAUAUUUGUUUUCAGACUGUAGUGGUACUGUAACACAUUCGAAGCCAUACCAAACGUUCUUUUCACUGGUGAAAUUUUCCUCUGUUGUAACAUUGCUCUGUAUUUGUUUAGCCUCUCUGUGCAUGUAUCCUUCAGUAAAACAAAACUAAUUUACCUUA